AUGGAUAUCCAACCUUCGAAUAAUGAACUUUACCCAAUAGCCGUCUUGAUUGAUGAGCUCAAGGUCAGCCCUACAUCCUACCAUGUGGAAUUGUUGAAAGGGACCUGUGUAGCUGAUGUGAAGCACAGCAUGACGACGUCCUUCUUCGACUAAAUGCAAUUAAGCGCCUAUCAACUAUUGCACUUGCUCUAGGACCUGAGAGGACUCGUGAUGAGCUCAUACCAUUUCUAGACGGUACGUAUUUUAUGAUAAACAUUGAUACAAGCUUUUCAAAAAAUUUAGGGGCCAACUGCAUUUGAAGGGUGAGGAGCACCGCUGACCUAUUUGCUCCGGAUUGAUAUAGAAUCCGUGGAGGAUGAGGAUGAGGUCCUGACCGCUCUGAGCGAAGUGCUCGGUAGUUUUGUUGAAUACGUCGGUGGUCCAGAACACGGUCACGUGCUCCUUUCUCCUCUAGAGAAUCUUGCUGCAAUCGAGGAACCCCUUGUUCGUGAAAAGGUUGGUCUAGUAAUCUUUGUUUGAGCCUCGAUUGGCUUCUUGGCAAGAGUGCAUGCACGGGGAUUUUGAUUCUAACAGCGGCAUAGGCAGUCGAGUCCCUUAACAAAAUUUGCCAGGAACUGUCCCAAAAUCAGGUUGAGGAUUACUUUAUCCCCCUUGUUAUCCGCCUAUCCAAAGCGGAUUGGUUCACCUCCAAAAUUUCCGCGACAGGCCUGUAUACUGUCCCAUACUCCAAAGCAACACCCCGUUCUCAGGAUGUUUUGAGGCAGCAUUUUGCGCAACUUGUCCAUGACGAUACGCCGAUGGUGCGGAGACAGGCUGCGACAAACCUAGCAAAGUUUGUCAAAACAAUGCCUGCUAAUUUGGUUGUCUCUGAAAUGAUCCCCCUGUUCCAACAUCUAGCACAGGAUGAUCAGGACAGCGUUAGGUUAUUAACCGUAGAGGUCCUGAUCAGCAUUGCCGAAGUUGUCCCAAAAGACCAACAGCCUAGUCAUGUUGUCAUUUUGACAAUACUGAGAAGCUUGUUUGGGGAUAAAAGCUGGAGGGUCAGAUACAUGGUUGCGGACAAAUUCGAGAAGGUGAGCAAAAUAUGAUGACCUUGGAUGCGAAGUAAUAGGAUGGAAGGUUGCUGAGCGGCAUGCGUUGUGGGUAGAUUGCAAAAGCUGUUGAGGGUGAUGUUGUUCGACGGGAUCUAGUCCCUGCUUUCGUGAAGCUUUUGAAGGAUAGUGAGGCAGAAGUACGAACAGCGAUCGCUGGCCAGAUUCCUGGUAGGUUUUACAUUUUCGAAUAACCUUCUUCCAACUAGUGGCUAACAACCUCGAAAGGUUUCUGCGGACUUCUCGACCGCCAAAUCCUUCUUGAUGAAAUUAUGAGCCCAGUUGAAGAUUUGGUCACCGAUACAUCUCAGCAUGUGAGGGCCGCCCUUGCCACCCAAAUCAGCGGAUUAGCGCCAAUACUUGGAAAGGAUGAGUGAGUUUAGAAAUCUCGAGUUUGAUUGCUGGCUAACGUUUCUAUCAGAACUAUCUCGCAUCUUCUACCCAUGUUCUUACAAAUGCUUAAAGACGAGUUUCCAGAUGUCCGUCUACACAUCAUUUCAAAACUCGAGCAGGUCAAUGAUGGUAAAGCCAUGCCGGCCGGUAACGGGGCUUUCGCUAACUCCUUUUAGUUAUCGGAAUCGAGCUACUGUCUCAGUCUCUCCUCCCAGCGAUUGUCCAAUUGGCAGAGGAUAAGCAGUGGCGUGUUCGACUCGCAAUUAUCGAGUACAUUCCCCUUCUGGCUAAGCAACUUGGCGUUGAGUUUUUCGACGAGAAACUUGGAAAUCUGUGCAUGAGCUGGCUGGGAGAUACAGUCUUCUCGAUCCGCCAAGCUGCAACUCUAAAUCUCAAACAGUUGACAGACGUGUUUGGUGUUGAGUGGGCCCGACAGACCAUUAUUCCCAAGGUUAUGGCAAUGGGCAACCAGAGCAACUAUCUGUAUCGCAUGACCACAUGCGCAGCCAUUACGGUAUGUUCUCUUGUACCAAUUAGCGUCUUGUGAAAUCACUAACCAUAUAUUCCCACAGACAUUGGCUCCUGCAGUGAAUGUUGCUGCCAUUAAAGAAUUCAUUCUGCCAAUGAUCCACCAACUCAUCCACGACCCUAUCCCCAACAUCCGCUUCAAUGUCGCCAAAUCCUACGGCGUUCUUAUUGAUGUCCUUCGAAAGCUUCCCGCUGAGGGAACUUUGGCUAAUGUAAAGCCCGAUAGCACAGCCGGCCCAAGCGAUCUGGGGCUGGAAUUGAUCCAGAAGCAGAUUGUGCCGAAUCUGGAGAAGCUCCAGGCGGAUAACGAUGUUGAUGUUAGAUUCUUCGCCGCUCAAGCCUUGGCCAAUAUUGGCGACUUGAUGCAGACGUCGUAGAAGAGGAGGGGCAGGGUCCGGAUUUUUUUGAGCUUUUCUGGUUUGCUUUGUUUGAUAGAUUGCCAGGAAAGCGGUAUUGACUUUAGGAGGAUAUGGCUAGGGUUGGGAAGGGGUACCGGUUGGCAUUUGAGCAAAACGCCAGAUAGUUGAGGGUUCGAAAUAGGGGUUUUCCUUCUUGCUUUAUGGAUGGUGCAUAUGACUUCUCUUUUUUCUUCCACCCGUUACAGACCUGCGAGCACCUGAUGGGUAGGCACUAAUCAUAGAGAGAUGUAACCAAAGAAACUUUGAAUUAGACAGUGUGACAGGCACGGUUCCCGUGAUUUAAACCGGCUGUCGAUUAUUUCUGAUGCUCCAAGAGCAGUUACUAUGAAUAAGAUGCUAUUACCAUUUU